AUGACGGUUGUUGAAUUUGUCAGCCUGGGCGGCACAGCAGGCCCCCGGCCGGCGGCUUCCCAUGUGCCUGCUGCGGCGGUGUCGACCCCAGAGCUGUCGGGCUCUGGCGUGGCUGGGCGGCUGCGCCCGUGGGGACCCGGCUGGGCCGCAGCCGUGGUGCAAGCUCCGUGUCCCGGGUCGAACCGCACCGGCUGUGCUCCGUGCCUCUGCGUCAGACAGAGCCGGGGCCGCUGGUGGGGAAGGACGGUGCAGGAGUGGGAGAUUACAGAAGUUUGUGGAGCCAAGCGUGUGGGUUAUUUUGGUCCCGCUCAAUUUUAUAUUGCUUUGAAGUUAAUUGCAGCAGCGCAGUCAGGGUUCCCAGUACGGAUUGAGAGCAUUAAGAAUGAAUUGCCUCUGCCGCGGUUUAUGGCGCUGAAAAAUGACAGUGAAGUACGUUACGGGACUACAGCAGAACUCCAUGGAGUUAAAUUUCAGGUUCCACAUGCAACUUUGGAAAAAAAUUCCUACAAAAGAACAGAUGAAGGGGACAAACAGGAACCCAAGUCUCCACCGAUGUCUCCAAUCUGCUCACCUCCUGCUUCUCCAUCUACUUACCAGAGAGUACCCUUAAGUUACGGAUAUGGUAAAUCAAGAAGUGGGCUGGAGCAGCAGCAUGGAGCACCUUAUGAAGUCAGACACUCUGCUCACCAGCAAGAUGGACCAUCAUCAGGGAAUUAUGCAACCAAACCUGCACUCACCUGUUCAACUCUUAAUCGGUCUCUUUCAGCGGAGCGGGAGCAACAGGACAGCAGCACCAGCUACUCGGAUGACCCUUGGAGGAUAACAGAGGAGCAGCGAGACUACUACAUCAACCAGUUUAGGUCCCUGCAGCCCGACCUGAACUCCUUUAUUUCAGGUUCCGUGGCAAAGAAUUUCUUCACAAAAUCAAAGCUGCCCAUCCCAGAGCUUUCUCACAUCUGGGAGCUGUGUGACGUGGAUUGCGACGGGGCGCUGACACUCCCAGAGUUUUGUGCCGCUUUCCACCUCGUGGUUGCGAGGAAGAAUGGUUACCAGCUGCCGGAGACGCUGCCGGAGACACUGCUGCCUGAGUACCUUCAAGCAGCUUCUUUGAAGCCCAUGCGUGACUGCGCACUGUUUGAUUCUUAUUCUGAGUCGUUGCCAGGUGGUCAGCACACUCGGGACUUCAGUCGGACGGAGAAGGCGUCAGCUGAAGAGAUACCUGAUAAUUCUGCCCUGUUACAAGAUGCAAAGAAAGAUGACAAACAAGCUCUUAAAGUAAGCACUGCUCUCAAAAUGAUACCAAAGGAAUUUCAGCACUUGACUGUGAAAACAGCUGCUCAGGAAUCUAAUGCACUUAAAGCCAGACCACGAUCCAGGUCUUAUUCUAGCACAUCAAUAGAAGAUGCCAUGAAAAAGGGAGAAGAACCCCCUACUCCACCUCCAAGGCCACAGAAAUCACAUUCCAGAGCUUCCUCUUUGGAUCUGAACAAAAUAUUUCAACAAAACACACAAGCUGUGAGGUCUGGCUGGCUGCCCCCACCACCGCCUGCACUGCCCCCUCGACCUUCUGUAUCUCAGACAGAGCAACCAUCUGAGGUUGAAUUACAUCCUCAGACGAAUAGACCCCCAUCGCAGGCAGAAGAAAACAGUGCAGCAAAGAAGGAGGUUGUUCUUGCUCAGCCGCCCUCCAAACCCACCCGCAGGAAGCUCCGGACGGAGGCGCAGGGCUUGGAGACCCCAGAGCUUUCUCCCACUAUAAAUGUGACUUCUUCCCUGCCAACAGUCAAGCCUCACCUCCCAGUCCAAAAACAGUCUUCCAAGCAGAAACGGGCUAUUCAGACUGCUAUACGAAAAAACAAAGAAGCCAAUGCUGUGCUCGCCAGGUUGAACAGUGAGCUCCAGCAGCAGCUGAAGGAGGUUCACAAGGAACGAAUUGCCUUGGAAACGCAGCUGGAGCAGCUACGUCCUGUCACUGUCUUGUGACUUCCCGCACCGCCAUGCAGUGGCAAGAGCACAGCGCGCAUCCUGACAGCCUUGCAAGGAGAGGAGCGUGGCGCGGCUGAGCAGGGUUUCUGCCGAGGUGGUGGCGGUGGGGAGGACUGGCUUGUUGGGUCUCGUUCACCCCGCUGCGCACAUUUGCCUUUGCGAGUGAAGAAGGUAUAGAAAACUAAUAUCUGACUGCCGGAUAUUUCUGAGCAGGGGGAUGCUUCGCCUUCUUUCCUCCCUCUUCCCAGCCUAAUGUGUAAAUGCAGCUUAUCACUGAAAUGAAUAACCUGAGAGUAUUUUAUUUAUGUAAAGAAUUCCUGAUUUAUAUGUGUUCUGGCAGCACCUCCUGCCCUGAUCAUUAAGAGGUACAGCAUUCCUGAAUUCUUGCGUAAAUUUAAAACUCAUCCUCUGAGAUGGUC